AUGGCCACCAUACAGAAUUUCAAGAACUUCCUCCGCCAUGGCAAGCAGGCACGCGCCGCGCACUCGCCCCAUGCUGAGCCGACCACCAACGUGUCCCCCGUCCACGCCCAGCACCAGCGUUACAACAACUACACAUCGCCUCCGCCGCCGGAACACCAUGCAGUCACCGACCCCAACGUGAUGGACCACAAGCCGCUGCAUGCAAACGUCCCCGCAGCAGAUUUCUCCGCCGCCGCCGUCAACAACCAAAACCAGGCCGCUCGUGCAGGAGAUGCCGCCGCCCGCGCAGCUGCCGACCACCACAAGGCACAAGCCGCCGCCAAGGCCAAGAAGGAGAUCGACCCGGAAGUCCUCGAGCGCAUUGUGGCCGAGGAGCGCGAGCAGAAGGGCAAGCUGCCCCAAUACCCGGGCCUGGAGCGCUGGAUCCUGGUCGAGAAGAUGGGCGACGGUGCAUUCAGCAACGUGUACCGUGCAAAGGACAGCCAAGGGCAAUACCCCGAGUGCGCCAUCAAGGUUGUCAGGAAAUUCGAGAUGAACUCCAGUCAGAGAGCCAACAUCCUCAAGGAGGUGCAGAUCAUGCGCCAACUGGAUCACCCCAACAUCGUAAAACUCAUCGACUUCUCCGAGUCCCGACAGUACUAUUACAUCAUCCUCGAGCUGUGCCCUGGUGGCGAAUUGUUCCAUCAGAUCGUUCGCCUCACAUACUUCAGUGAGAAUCUUUCUCGGCACGUCAUCAUCCAAGUUGCCAAAGCAUUGGAAUAUUUGCAUGAAGAGGCCGGUGUUGUCCAUCGUGACAUCAAACCUGAGAAUCUCCUCUUCUACCCCGCCCCCUUCAUUCCGACCAAGAACCCCAAGCCCAAGUCUACCGAUGAAGAGGAUAAGGUAGAUGAGGGUGAGUUCAUCAAGGGCGUCGGUGCUGGUGGUAUCGGCACAAUCAAGAUCGCCGAUUUCGGCUUAUCCAAGGUCAUUUGGGAUAGCCAAACUAUGACGCCAUGCGGUACCGUCGGUUACACAGCCCCUGAGAUCGUGAAGGAUGAACGCUACUCGAAGAGUGUUGACAUGUGGGCUCUUGGCUGCGUGUUGUACACCCUACUCUGCGGGUUCCCGCCCUUUUACGAUGAAAGCAUCCAAACUCUGACAGAAAAAGUCGCGCGUGGCCAAUACACUUUUCUGUCGCCCUGGUGGGAUGAGAUUUCCAAGUCGGCGCAGGACCUUGUAUCCCAUCUGCUGACCGUGGACCCUGAGAAACGUUACGACAUCAAGCAAUUCCUCAACCACCCAUGGAUUCGCGAGUCGGAAGAGGAGACGCAAGCGGCCGCCGACGCACCGCCACUUGCAACGCCUCUCCUCAAGAAGCAGCCUUCGGACCAGGGAGUCAUACAGCCUAACUACGCUUAUUUGGAUGACGUGCCCAGUGCUGGUGGCAGGCGCAUGGACUUCCGCUCGCCGGGUGCUGUCAACCUCCGUGAAGUGUUCGACGUGAGCUACGCCGUACACCGCCAAGAAGAAGAAGGCAAGCGACGGAAGAACUUCAAGCAGGGCUACCGCGGCGGAAAUGCGAUGACCAGCCUCAACGUGCUUGACGAGGAGGACAUGUACGAUGACGACGAAGAUGGACAGAGUGCGCCCUACGCUGCACACCAGGCGGAUCCGCCGGCCAAACUACCCAAGAGCCAAGCUGCUGACGUCAGCGCGAUGGAGCAAAAGAUGAAGAACACUACCCUAAGCGCAGCGGCUCAAGCCCGACAGCAGGCCGCGAAUGCUGGACAGCAAAAGGGCUAUGGGCAGCAUUCUCCUGCAGUUGCAGCCGCAGCACGCCGCCAGGUUCGGAAUAAGGGCGCGUUUGAGCUAAGCUUGGACAACGCAACCUUGCUCAGCAAGAGACAAAGGAAACCCGAGCCUAGUGGUCUGCGCGAACAGAUUGCUGCGACCGGACCCUGA